AUGGGCACAGCGGCGGAUGAGCAGAGAAAGCAGAUCGAGCUUCUGCUGGGCAAAGAGUCCAAUCGGGAUUUCAAGCGGGACCUGGGAAUGCACGACCCGAAGCUGUGCAAAAGCUAUGUGGUGGGCGAGUGUCCGUACGAGCUAUUCCAGGGUACCAAGCAGAACUUUGGCAAAUGCCCGCAGACACAUCUCGCCAAGUACAAGCUUGAGUAUCAACGCAACGCCAAGAAGGGCAUCUACUUGCCGGAGUUUGAGCGCGAGUAUUACGCCGUGCUCAACAAGUUCAUCAAGGACUGCAACGGGCAAAUCCAGAUCGCACUGCGAAAACUGGAACACACUUCGGAGGAGCGCGAACGAAUCAUGGCGGUGACCUGCCAGCUGGAUGUAGCUGACUCCAAGAUGGGGCUGAUGAUCCAGGAGAUUGAAACGCUGGUUAGGUCGAACGAGGUGGUCAAGGCCAUGGUGCAGUCGCUGAAGCUGCAGACACUGCAGAAGGAGCGCCACGAGCUGGCGAAGAAGGUGCGCGACAUCACGGAGAAUGUGGGACAGAGCGCGCAGCAGAAGCUGCAGGUCUGCAAGGUCUGUGGCGCGUACUUGUCGCGCCUGGACACCGACAGGCGCCUGGCAGACCAUUUUCUCGGGAAAAUGCACCUGGGCUACGUCAAGAUGCGCGAGGAGAUCGAGGAGCUGCGGCGCCGCUUCCAGGAGAGGGGCGAGGAUAUCUCCCAAGACAGCUACAAUCUCCAGGCCCCGCCACACGUCCUGGAAGGCGCUCAGGGAGAGACCGGGAACUUCCACUAUCGCCGCCAGGGCAGCUACGGCCGUGGUGGAGGCGCUGGCCGGAACGAGAGGUACAGGGGCCGUGCCCACCGUGCGUACUGA